GACGGUGUUACAUCGCCGGCGAUGUGGCGAGUAUUAGCUCUGAUCUCUGGCUAAGAGUGAAAAAAGAAACAAAUAGUUAAAAAAUAAUUAAAACAAUAAAUAAAAUAAAAGAUAGAACAAUUGAAGCUUAGCCUCACAUUAAAAUGUCGCAUCAACCCACGACGACAGAUUUUGAUAAAUAUGGCGGAACGUUUAAGGUAACAGCAUCGAAUACAAUCAAGAGAUCUUCUAACGAAAGCCACGAUGAUGAAAGUAAGAAAAUGCGAUUGGAAAAGAGUGGGAGUAGUAAUAUCCUGGCGACAUCUGCGAAUGUACCACAGCAGGCAUCGGGCGGUGUUAUAGCUAUUGGAUCUGGACCAGAUUCAACAACAAAGAAAUUAAAAACCAGGAAAAUAAUCAGCGGCGACAACAGUGUCACCGCGCAGCACCAGCAAUACCAAUUAAUAGUCGAAGAUAGCGCAAGUGCUGGUGCUUUCAGUGAAGAGAGUUGUGGAGGUGCGGAAAACAGUGCGAAAUUGUACUCUACGUCUGGCGGCGGUGGUGAGGAAAUGUUACUUAUCCGCAAACAAACUCCAGUCUCGAAUAAACUUAGUGAAAAUAAUGAUGUGGGCGUGGAGGAACGGGUUGUACAUAUAGAAGGUGACCCAGGAGGAACAGCAAGUUCCUCAUAUAUAACUGGUAUUAGUGGCAAGCAGACACCAAAACGGUUGCAAAUCGGUAUUGCAGAGGCAGCCAAAAAGAGUUUUGGGGAUGGCAUUGACUUGAAAUUAAUCACUACCAAUUGCGACCUAUCGGCAUCGGGCAAGAUACAAAUGCUUUCAGGGACGGAUAAGAAGCCGGAACAGCUUUUACUAGCUGUUUCAAGCACAUCUAAUAGCCCCCAAAACACAUUUACAUAUAGUCGGGUAUGCUCCGUGAGUAAUGUUGGUGGUCCCACUGGGGAAAGCAUGAACAUAAAAAGUCUUCAGGGUGCAACCAUAAAAAACCAAUCGUUGGUGGUGUCUUCGAAAAAAUUAUUGCCUGAAGCCAAAGUAUCCAUUGGAAAUACAACAAUAUCUGUGCCUUUACUUAAGCCACUCAGCUCACCUCAAAGUUCAUCAGAAAGUUCUAAAAGUGUUAUCCAUACCAUACAGACUAGUGCCGGGCAAUCGCCUCAAGCACAGUUGAGCAAAUUUUUGAAUAUUAAGCGGGGCCAAAAAGGAAGUCAAACCACCUACGUGUCAUUAUCACAACUUCAAAUUAAGCCUGUUUCCUCGGCGAAAAUUGUCCAAGCUAAGGUGGUAAGCAAAAAGAUUCCCCUACAAUUUCAAACAGUACAGCAGAACAAGCCUACAUUGUUGCAACAGUCGUCAGGUGUUGUCACAAUAACAUCCAAUAAAACUGAUUUACAGCAGAUUCCACAACAAUCAACGUCAGUAUUACAGAGCCAAUCUUCAUCACCACACAAAAAGCAACAGCACGCACUUGUAAAGGAGAUGACACCGGGAUCGAUUUUGAAAUCCUCACCAUCAAAUUCGAACUCUGAGGAAGUUCUGCCCACACAAUCUUCUACGCUGUCUGCAACAGGUAACACGACAGAGCAACCCACUUUAGUUACGGAAAAAACCCAAGUUAUGAAGAGUUCUGCAGCCGGAUCUGAUAACUGCGGCCCGUCCUUUGUUUCAGCCGAUUUCCUGCCAGUGGGAGUAAAAGUGGUUCAUACAUCUAGCGGCCUUAGAUCCUCUACUACUGGCGGUCACGUGGAUACAGUGGAUCAACUUCAAACGCAGUCGUCUCAAACAACACAAAGAAUAAAUAUUGGACCUACAAUAAGCAUAGUUAGACAGAACUCACCACAGCUUGUAACAACAUCCGGAAAUUUGUCAACCAUGUCCUUAAGUAUGGCUGACGCAGCAAGUGGCCAACAGAAAUUAAUACUAACAAAGUCGCAAUUUGCAAACGUGAACUCUUCAAGUAUUAACUCCACGUCGACAACGGGUGGGGGCAAUACGGUUUCAACCAGUAUUCCCCGAAACAUAUCAUUUAUGCUGACAAAAACUUCAAGCGGCCAGCAGGUAUUCACAAAUGCUGGGUCCAAAACAACUCUCUGUGUGACUACAUCCGCAAAUAAUCCAAGCAAGUCUAAUGCAACAACAAGGAUGAACUUGAAUAUCAAUCCAAGCUUGACAGCCUCUGUCUCCAGCUCAUCGACACCAACGAUUAGCGUAAACUCUUCUGCCGUCCCAAAAAGCGAUGCAGAUGCAGUGGGACAUGGUGAUGCUGUAACUAGUGCUCAGGAAUGCACAAAUACUCAACAUACUACACAGGUACAGGCCACACAACUUCACACAAAUGUUGUCCAAAACCGCAAAAUUAUCCAGGUGCUACCUGGUGGUUUGUACAGCAGUAGCGGGGGCAGUUUUGUUCAGAUUUCCAAAACCAAAACUGAUCACGAGGACGACAAGAAAAAGACCGUAGAGAUGGAACACCAUCAAACUACCACCAAUCAACAUUCUGUUCAGCACCAACUAUUGUCAGCACAACAACAGCAGCAGCAGCAACAGACUUCGCAACAACAACAUCAAAUCCAUCUUCAGAUACAACAGCAGCAUCAAACACAACAGCAGGUCCAAAUACAACAGAUUCAGACCCAGCAGAUUGCACAGUCGCAACAACACCUACAACAGAGGCAACAACUGUUGCCAAGACAUCAGUUACUGCACAAGCAUCAAAUGCAGCAACAAAUCCAAAAGCAGCAGCAACAACAAAUUCAACACCAACAACAACAACAACAAAUUCAACAUCAGACGCAACAACAAAACCCAACACAAGAUCCGCCGAACGAACCCUCUGCAACCCAAACAUCGUAUGCAUUAUCGACGAGUGAACAGCAACAUCCACCAACACCAUCGACUUCAUCAACAUCAUCCGAACAACAAUCUCAUAAAAUUUCAGCAUCCCAACACGAGCAAAAAUCACAUAUCAUUUCGGCACCACAAGCGCCCAAAAGUGAGGAAAGCAAUAAUGUCCUGUUGAAGCAAUUGCUGCAAAACACCAACAGCACUCCCAUAAACUGCCAAAACAACAGUCAACAUGCUCGAUCUAACUCGGCUGCAACCCCAACAACGGUCUUGCCAGGACGUAAAGUUAUAAAUGUUAGGGCCCCGAGUUUGGGACUUGUCAGUUCGUUAGAGGCGCAGCUGGCGAGGCCUGUAAUACCACCGGUUCCUGCUAGUGAAUCGAGUACGCAUUCAACAGUCGUAUCAUCGCCCAUGACGACAACAUCAACUGCCCAGUCUCCCAUUCAGAAAUCUGUAAAUGAUCACACAAAGGUUUCGUCGACACAUGUCGUUCUAUCUUCAGUAUCAACAAUAUCACAAUCAUCUUCCUCAAGCACAAACUCUGCUCCGAACCCGUCAUUAAUCAUAUCAACUUCGAAGACCUUGUCUCAGACCCCUCCAGAAAAGUCUAAAUUCACAUCGUCACCGUUAAUUUCGAAAGAGACUUCGUUUGUGUCGAAGCCCACAUUGCCAGAGUCGUCAAAUGAGCAAAGCAUAGAAAUAUUUUCUUUGCAAUCAACUGGCGAAAGUACAGGUAAGGGCAGUGGUGAGCCAGCGCAACGACACCAGCAAUCGUUUGAUCAGACUACGUUCAAAACAAGUCAUAGUGCACCGCAGAGUUCAACAACGACGAAAAUUACAAAAUAUAUGCCAGACAUAAAGAAGAUAGGCGAUAUGCCGCAGCAGCAUCAUCAUCAACAACAACAGCAACAAUCCGUAUCGGUAUCUAGGACUUUUACAAGCGGACCCGACAACAAGGAAAAACACAGCGCUGGUGCAAAUUUAUGCCCACAGCCGACAGUUUCCAGUGCAAACCCAUUGGGCCUAAGUUCAAAUCUACCACAUCAACUAUUGUCUGGGAUGCAGCCAAACAGUAAAUCGGCUCCGAAUCAAGAAGAUUGUAGCCUACAGCAAAAACCUAUGGAUCGACCAACUCAACAAGCGCAACAACAACAAGUACAGCAAGUUAGCAAUCAAUUUCUUGCCCAAACUCAAAAUGUGCAGCAUCAGGACGGCACAAAGGUAGGCACCUCGACAUCGAAUGUGGAAAAAGAGGAUCCAAAUUCAAUUAUACAACAGUAUACAAUACAUCAUCAACACACAAGUCAAAUGCCCCAACAGCCGCAUCAUACAAACCAUCAGCAAAACACCACCCCAAGUCCCAUAUCGACGACGCCCACUAAUUCAGUAGCAUCAACUCCGACAGGGGAAUAUCAACCACCUGUAAACGUUAUUAAUAAACAACAAUUACUACUUCAGCAGCAAUCACAAUCUCAUAGUCCUACAUCGGUGGCAACAAGCUCGAGUCCAGUCACAAAAGACAGCGAUAACCGUAAGAAGAGAAAACGUGAACAACAAAAACAACGUAAACAGUUGUCCAACUCUAAUGCCAAAGAAACGAGUGCCGGCGGCAGCUCCACCUCCUCCACAGUUAAUGCUUCAGCAGGAGCCACUGGUGCCAGUGCUGCUAAACAAAAGCGAUCGCGAAAAUCGCUCAAAUUGGAGGAGGACUAUGACUCCUUUAUUGAAAAUUUGAUGAUGCAUUUACGACAGAUGCCGCCAAUGCAAGUCUUGGAACCCCAACUAAAUGUAAACUAUGGGGUGUGCAAUAUGUUCGGUUGGCGGAAUUGCUCCAGUUCUAGUAAUUCACCCCAAAAAGAAAGUCGACAAAGUGAGCGCGGUAAUCUAUUUGAGCAGGAAUUGGAGGGUGAAUUUGGUGCGGCUUACAUACCUAACAAAGUGCCUUUUUAUGAUAUGAAAAAAUUCCGUGGACGUAAAACAAACGAGGACACCAGCGCUUCUUCAUCCAUACAAAAUAAUUAUUAUGACCAGGAGUUUUCUUCCUUUACGUACAAGUCGGAGCCGGAGAAACUAAAUAGUUGGAUGAAAGCCUAUCGCGAACGAGCUGUAGACACGCCCGAAAUCGUUAGCAAUAAUAACAAGUUUCCUCAGGAAACCUUUCCGGGCUUGAUUCUAAUGAGCAGUUCCCAGCAGAGACUGGGACGCAUGUCUCCAGUUAUUCCUUUGGUCAACUCAAUGGCCCUAAUUACCAAACGGAAGAAGACGCCAUUGAAACCACUUGAGAAUGAUGCCGAUGGUGGUAUGUUUAUGAAAGACUUUGCCGAAGAGAUGGACCACAAAGGAAUGGGUUUUAAAAAUAACGAAAACAGUCAAAACGUAAUUUUGUCCUUACCGACUUCAUCGGCAGAACGACUCUUAGACGUGCUGAAGAAUUUGGCAAAUCUUUUGCAAAUUAACACGCCGAUACCAUAUAAAGUGGUCGACGAUGGUGGUGAUGCCGAGUUCGAGGACAAAUCACCUCUAUCUCAGUUGUCCAGUGAUCGCGAAGUGGCUCUAAGAAACCUUCACAUCGAGGACAUAUUAAAUGGUCGCUCAAAGAUGUGUAGGCAAUGUGGCAGUGCUAUUAAGGGACGGUGUCUGAAAAACACUAACGAUAACACAAAAAGCUCGCUACAUGCUAAGUUAUUGCACCCAACUCAGCCAAGAUAUUUCUGCAAUAAGGUUUGCUUCGUACAGUUCCGGCUCAGUAGUCAAAAAAAGCAUUUAAAUACCACAUCAUUGGGAACGGAUUUAGUGUCUCAAGAGGGGCCAGCUUUCGACGCCGAUUUAAUGGAAGAUUUGCUGGACAUCAAGCCGGAUGUUUCACAGAUGUUGGAUGAGAAAAAGGAUAAAGUCGCGGAGGCCGCAAAACCGACCACCGAAUCGGAGGCAAAAGUCAACAAAAUAUCGUAUUGCUACUACAGUGCGAAAUGCUUUCAACCUGCCACACCCGUCAAACGUAUGUCUGAGAAAGAUAUUCGUGACAUGCUUUUCAAAAUGAACAUUACAAUGUCGAUAACAGGAUCUCAAGUAACAACAACAACCGACUCUGGUGGUAUUCAGCAGCCCAUUGAAGAUCGUCGUUCCUGUGUGUUGUGUUCGCAAAUUGGCGAUGGGGUUGCUGAUGGACCAUCACGCCUCUUAAAUUAUGAUGUUGACAAAUGGGUCCAUUUAAACUGUGCUUUAUGGUCCACAGAUGUGUACGAGACCAUCAGUGGCGGCCUAAUGAACUUUAAUACGGCACUACAGAUCGGACUGAAUCAAGCUUGUAACACUUGCCAGCAAUUAGGCGCCACCGUGAAGUGCUACAAGACACGAUGUGGUGCCAUGUUCCAUUUACCUUGUGCCAUACGCGAUCAGUGUGUAUUCUAUCAGAACAAAACGAUCCAUUGUCAAGCACAUGCUUCGCGCAAUGACAAGGAUAAGGAAUUGCCAACGUUAUCUGUGCCCCGGCGAGUAUUUGUUGAGCGCGACGAAAAUCGGCAGGUCGCCGCCAUAAUGCACCAUUCCGAAAUGGUAAACUUGCUGCGUGUAGGAAGUCUAAUUUUCUUGAACGUGGGUCAACUAUUGCCGCAUCAGUUGGAAGCGUUCCAUACCCAGAACUGCAUCUACCCCAUUGGUUAUAAGAUUAUCCGUUUCUAUUGGUCAAUGCGCCGGCCGAACAAACGAUGCCGCUACAUAUGCUCCAUUGCAGAAGUUGAGGGAAAGCCCGAAUUCCGAAUUCUUGUGCAAGAACAGGCCGAAUCUGACGUCGAAUUGCGCGAUGUUUCGCCUAAAGCAGUGUGGCAACAUGUUCUACAUUCGAUUGCCGAGAUGCGCAGAUCUCACAACUUAGUCAAGCUUUAUCCGGAAUUUGUAAGUGGGGAAGAUCUGUUUGGUCUAACAGAACCAGCGAUAGUCCGUAUCAUUGAAAGUCUUCCCGGAGUUGAGACUUUAACUAACUAUCGCUUCAAAUAUGGCCGCAAUCCUUUGCUGGACCUGCCACUUGCCUUGAAUCCCUCGGGAGCAGCUCGCACAGAACCAAAGCUUAGACAAUUAAUGGGCUGGAAGAAACAUCAUCCCCAGAGAACAUGUAGUUCUAUCAGUUCAUUGGGAGGUCACCAGGCAGCCCUGCCAUCAACCACUGCCGCGGGCGAGGUUACAUGUCCAUACAGCAAGCAAUUUGUCCAUUCGAAAAGUUCUCAGUACAAGAAGAUGAAGCAGGAGUGGCGCAAUAACGUGUACUUGGCCAGGUCUAAAAUAGCAGGAUUGGGUCUGUACGCUGCCCGUGAUAUGGAAAAACAUACAAUGAUAAUCGAAUACAUUGGUGAGGUUAUACGAUCAGAAGUAUCGGAAAUUCGUGAAAAACAAUACGAAGCAAGGAACCGCGGCAUAUACAUGUUUCGCUUGGACGAAGAUCGCGUUGUUGAUGCGACCCUGUGUGGUGGUCUGGCCCGUUAUAUAAACCAUUCGUGCAAUCCAAACUGCGUUACAGAAAUUGUGGAAGUUGAUCGUGAGUUACGCAUUAUUAUUUUCGCGAAGCGCAGAAUAAAUCGCAGUGAAGAGCUUUCGUACGACUACAAAUUCGACAUUGAGGACGAUGGCAGUAAAAUACCAUGUAUGUGUGGGGCACCCAAUUGUCGGAAAUGGAUGAACUAAGUGGGAAAAAUCUGCCACUCGCAAAAGAGCGCAGAGUAGCAAAAGAGCUCUUAUUCUUAGAUAAUAUUUUUUGUUUUAAGGUAAUUCACUUGAGGUAGUGUAUGAUAAUAAAUUGUAUACUCACUUUUCUUUAGGUUAGCAUUCACUGCUGCAUUAUUGACAAACAUAUUGUAGUUUUUAAGUCUUUUAUCGUUAAUCUUACUUUUUUAACUUUAAGUUUUCUCAUUGAUUGUGCUAAGUAUGUAUUUGUGGCACAAUUGCGAUAGGUACCAGUUUCCCCCAUUGAUUAUGUUGAAGUGCAUUCUAAUAUGCAUUGGUGUUAUAGAUGAUAGCAGUAAUGUAACAUUAUGUAAAAAACGUCGUCUAUAAAUUAAUUAUUGCCCUUAUUAUUACUAUUAUUGUUAAAUGAUUCAUCCCGGUAUUUGAUGUACGCUAAGUGAAGAAAAUAAGAAUAUUUUAUUAUAUUUGAUAAAUAUAUAGAAUAAAUUCGUGUACAAACAAAA